GGUGUUCCACGAUGAAAUUCCUGCUGAAAAAAUGUCUGCGCAAGAAGGCGCCCGAGAUGAAGCCAGGCGCCAUACUGGACGCUGUCAUCUCCCAAUCCUCGGCGACCGCAUGCAAAUGCUUGCUCUAUAAACUGGCCGACUAUAAACGAGGUGGUGAUCUGAUCGAUGCGAUCAAUACGGGUGGCCUGAUUGCCGUGGAGCAAUUGAUCCGGGAACAGUUUGGCGUCUUCAUGUACAACGAUGGCAAGGGUCAGAUAAUCAAUCGGGCGGAGUUUCUGCGCUGGAAAUAUCGUGAUCAUACGGAGGUGACCAUACCGAUUGAGGCAUCGCUAUCGAUACACGAUCCGUUGGGCAAAUGGGAGGAUCACAAGGCCUGCUGGCAGAUGCAAUAUCGUGGCGCACUCGGCGAGAGUCUGCUCCACGUGCUCAUCAUUUGUGACUCGAAAAUCCAUACGAAAUUGGCCCGCGUCCUGCUGCGCGUUUUUCCCAAUCUCGCGCUAGACGUCAUGGAGGGUGAAGAGUAUUUGGGCGCCAGUGCACUGCAUCUGUCCAUUGCGUAUAGCAAUAAUGAGCUUGUCGCCGAUCUAAUCGAAGCUGGGGCCGAUAUCAAUCAGCGGGCGAUUGGCAGUUUCUUUUUGCCGCGCGAUCAGCAACGCAUGAAUCCGGCGAAGAGCACCGAUUACGAGGGAUUGGCCUACAUGGGUGAGUAUCCAUUGGCCUGGGCAGCCUGCUGUGCCAAUGAGAGCGUCUAUAAUUUGCUCGUCGAUUGUGGUGCCGAUCCGGAUGCACAGGAUUCGUUUGGCAACAUGAUACUCCAUAUGGUUGUCGUCUGCGACAAACUGGACAUGUUCGGCUAUGCGCUGCGCCAUCCAAAGACGCCGGCCAAAAACGGCAUUGUCAACCAGACGGGUCUGACACCGCUCACCCUUGCCUGUAAGCUGGGCCGUGCCGAAGUCUUUCGCGAAAUGUUGGAGCUGUCCGCUCGCGAAUUCUGGCGCUACAGCAACAUCACCUGCUCCGGCUAUCCAUUGAAUGCCCUGGACACGCUACUACCAGACGGACGCACCAACUGGAAUUCGGCGCUGUUCAUCAUCUUGAAUGGAACAAAGCCGGAGCACUUGGACAUGUUGGAUGGUGGCAUUAUACAGCGUCUGCUCGAGGAGAAAUGGAAAACAUUUGCCCAGAAUCAGUUUCUGAAGCGUCUGCUCAUCUUGUCUACGCAUUUGCUUUGCCUAUCCGUAUCCGUUUAUCUGCGUCCCGUACACGAUGGCGAGGACAAUGGCGAGGACAAUGGCGAUGGACCAGCGACAGUUGCGCUCCGGGAACUGGAUGCCAAUGGUGAUGGCGAGUCAGAUGGCGAUGCGGAUGCGGAUGCGAAUGGAGAUGAUUACAAUGCUCAGACUGUGGCGCGAUAUUGUGCCGAACUGGCGACCAUCGCUGGUGUGCUGAGCUAUGUCGUCUUCCAACAGGGUGACGAGAUCAAGAAUCAAGGCCUAUCCGCCUUUCUCAAGCAGCUAUCGCACGCUCCAGCGAAGGCAAUCUUUUUGUUUUCCAACCUGCUCAUCCUGGCCUGUAUACCAUUUCGAUUGGUUGGCGAUACGGACACCGAGGAGGCCAUAUUAAUAUUUGCUGUGCCCGGCAGUUGGUUUCUGCUCAUGUUUUUUGCCGGAGCGAUACGUUUGACGGGGCCAUUUGUGACAAUGAUAUAUUCGAUGAUUACGGGUGAUAUGUUCACCUUUGGCAUCAUCUACGCAAUUGUCCUGUGCGGCUUCUCGCAGGCCUUCUACUUCCUCUACAAGGGACAUCCGCAAGUGCAGUCGACCAUGUUCAAUACCUAUACCAGCACCUGGAUGGCCCUCUUCCAAACCACACUGGGCGAUUAUAAUUAUCCCGAUCUGAAUCAGACAACCUAUCCGAACCUAUCGAAAACGGUGUUUGUCAUAUUCAUGAUAUUUGUGCCGAUCCUGUUGCUGAACAUGUUGAUUGCCAUGAUGGGCAACACGUAUGUGACCGUUAUCGAGCAGUCGGAGAAGGAGUGGAUGAAACAAUGGGCCAAAAUUGUUGUCACAUUGGAGCGUGCCGUUCCACAAGCGGACGCCAAGGGCUAUCUGGAGGCAUACUCUAUACCCCUGGGACCCGCCGACGAUACCGGCUUCGAGGUACGUGGCGUGAUGGUCAUCAAGAGCAAGAGCAAAACGAGGGCCAAGCAGCGCAAGGGCGCCGUCUCCAACUGGAAGCGAGUUGGACGCGUUACGUUGACGGCUCUAAAGAAACGUGGCAUGACCGGGGAGGAGAUGCGGCGCUUGAUGUGGGGACGCGCCUCCAUCUCGAGUCCGGUUAAGGUGGCCAAGCAGAAGCUGAAGGAUCCGUAUAAUCUGCACACCGAAUCCGAUUUUACCAAUGCCAUGGAUAUGCUCACCUUUGCCAACAAUCCGGCGUCAAGCAAUGGCGUCCCAUUGCGUACGACGACAGCAGGAACACCAGGCGGAACAGCUGUCGGAACAGGCGCAGGAGUAGGCGCAGCAACAGGCGUAACAGUUGCUGCCAUUGUGCCAGAUCCGUUUCGUGAGCUAAUACUGAUGUCGGAUCAGCGGCCGGAGACGCAUGAUCCGCACUACUUUGCCGGACUGCAGCAGCUGGCGAAUAAGGCAUUCGAUCUGGUCGAGCAAACGUUGAAGACACAGCCACAGCUAACCAAGAAGCUGCCCGAAGCAACUCCUAUUCCGGUUGCAGCCCCGAAGACGCCAGCUGCAGCUGCUCCCCCAUCGCCUGCUUUGCCAAUGGCCAUGACCACACUUUUCCAGGAUCCCAAGGAUGUGGUCGAUCCCAAGAAGCUGGAGGAGUUCAUGAACAUGCUGGCCGAAGUGGAGACGGAGGAGAGCGACAGUGGUGGCCCCAUUUUGGGCAAACUAUCACUGGCGAAGCGCACCCACAACGCCCUCUCCAAGGCGGACAUCAAGCGGACGAACAACUUCGAUGGCAACCAGGUCAUGUCAUCCGUCUGGGGUCAACAAUUGCCCGAUUUGGACUUGGGUUUUAAUUUCGAUGAGGAGGCGGUUGCGGAGGAGGUGCUGACCAUUGAGCAGGAGGCCGAAGUGGAGACCGAGGAUGGCAACGGAUGUGGUGGACAGGACAGCGAUGAUUUGCCAACUGCCGAGCAGGUGCAUGCCACAAUGCAACAGUUCCAUUUGCGCAAAUGCCAGCCCACACAGGAUGAGGCAGCUCGUCGCGCUAAAAGCGCCAGGAUUCGACGCAAAAACAAAGUUUCCCCGGAGGAGAGCGAUGCGGAGCUGGAGAUGAAGCGACAGCAGACAACACGGGGACGUUCAGCACAUGCGAGGAAAGCGGGAUCGCCACCCGAUCCCUUGGAGCCAUGGAGUACGAGGGAGCUGCAGGACAUAAAUAAGAUAUUGGCCAGCAAGAAAUGAGCAACAUGAAUUUUACUUGUUAUUUGUUUUUGUUCUUGUUUCUUUUUACAUUUUUGGGUUUGCUUAAUUUAACUAAAUACACAUGAUCUUCGGUACGAGCAGCAAAGCUUAUGCUAUAUAGAUACCCAUGAGAGAGGGAGAGAGAGAGAAACAGAGAGAGUGAGAAAAAGAGAGAG